UCAGAGUUCUCGAGCACUCUGUUCAUUUUGUGAAUGUGGUAUGUGCCUUGGCCUAACUUGCCUACCCCUCCCCACUGUCCCUCACUCCGCAUUUCCUUUGCUUGUUUAUUCUCUUGCGAUGAAAGAAAUAGAAAGUAAAAGAAAACCUUCCUGUUUUUCGACUUGGAGAAAAGUAAAACAUUUCCCAAACAUUCAUUCUCGAAAUACUAGCUUACAAGGAACGAUAUAUACAGAAAGAGAUCGAUAACAUAUACUUCAGGAUUGUAUAUAGAUAUGUUUACAUUGCUAAGGGUUUCACCCACAAAAUAUUUCCUCGCUCUAGACCCUAAUCGUGACCAUAGGGGCGGUGCGUGAACAGACCAAAAUAUCGCCACGUAGUCAACGAAUUAUUUUUGUCAUCUGCAUCUUGAAAAGGGGAAUCCCACACGACAGAAAAAGAUCGUUGCGACAUCAUUCGAUAGUCCUCUUAUUAACACUUGAUAAGACAGCCAAUGAGAAUAAAGGGCGACUAUGUAAAGCUGACGAGGACUCGUUAAAUCAUCAGUCGUGGAGUUCCGUCCGAUGUGACCACAGCUGCUCUUCCGAUGAAGGAUUUAAAUCUCCGAUUGUGAGAAAAUGAAUUCUGAAGAGUUUAAUACCUGGAAAUGCGGCAAAUGCACGUUCAUAAACGCUGCGACCAGGAAUUGUUGUGACAUGUGCUUCCUGUCACGUGACACUCCACCUGACACCGCAUGGCAGUGUGGGUCUUGUCGGGCUUUCUCCCCGAAGGACAAGACGCACUGCAGCCGCUGCGGUUUACCAGGCGCCGGAAGAUUCCCAGCUACCGACAGGUGGCGCCACUAUGAAGUCAUGGCGGAACCACGACGGAACGACUCUCCCUGGGACUGGUCCUGCCAACGGCUAGGCCUGCAGAGCGAUUUCAUCUCCGACAUCGAAUCUUCCACAAACCUUCCAGCAGACGACCUCGUCGAAGACGCUGGCUUCAUCAAAAAAAAUUCUUGUGUAUGGCGAUGCAUGUCAUGUGACAUGUCCUUGACCGACAGUGACCGCGUCUUCAGCGUCUUCAGCUGUCCGGACUGCAGCGGCGACAGGUCACCGGAGCUCCCGCCGAGCAGCAAGCCAUCACCUCAUCGCACCACCAGCAGAGACACAGCAUCAGGUCGGCUGACGAACUGGGAGGAAAUCAGUAACAAGGAAAUGUACUGUGCGCCCUUCUCUAGUGUCCCUGACAGAUCUUCACAGGACUUAUACAACCGAGGAUCAAAAGAAGACUAUGAGAAACCCGAAAAGACAGAAAACAUCGCACCGUUAAACUGCAGAUCCAGCCGAAGGGAAAGCCUCACAAAGCAUUUUGAUGGCCACUCGGAGACAGACUCCCAGCCAGGAGGUUAUCAGUCAGGUUUACGCCCGCUUGGCUCGGCGUAUCACAGAACAGAUGUCCCCGAAGACAGAAUCCGGAUAAGAUUUCCGGACACCGAGUGUCGUCUGGUAUUACUGGGCAAGACCGGAAGCGGCAAAAGCGCCACCGCCAACACGAUCGUGGGCUUCCGGCGCUUUGAGACAGGCAGAGGCUUCCGCUCGACUACCAAGCAGUGCCAGCGCUUCAGUCAGCGAAGGUUCGGCCUGCACGUCGAGGUUGUAGAUACUCCGGGGCUAUUUGACACAGACCUCGACAACGAGACCAUCAUAAAGGAAAUAAUCAAAUGCAUCGGCGUGGUUUCUCCGGGUCCUCACGCGCUCAUCAUGGUCCUGCGCAUCGGCAUCAGGUUCACGGAGGAGGAGGUCAAGUGCUUGGAGUUACUUCGCGUCAUCUUUGGCAGUGAGCUGCUGAAGUACCUCGUUCUCGUCUUCACGCACGGCGACCGCCUCGCAGACCCUGAGCACGAGGGACUCAGCGAAAAUGAGGCUGUCAGAAAUAUGCUGGACAACUCGCCAGACAAACUGAAAGAACUCGUCAAGGGAGCAAAUAAUCGGUACAUUGUCUUCAACAACAAGGGCACACCUCAGCAGAAGGCCAACCAGGUCAAAGAUCUUCUGCUGUCGGUGCGCCAAGUGCUGCAGUUCAACGGUGGCAAGCCGUACACGAACUGUUUCUUGGAGAAGGCGGAGCAAAUCAUCCAAGAAAGGGAGACUAUUCUUGUCAGUCAGCUGCCUGAAAUCCCAAUGACAAGGAGAAGCAAUCGAAGAAAUUCUUCCAAAGAGUUGGAGAGGAAGCGUUUGGCACGCGACUUCGUUCGAGAGGAGCUGGUCCAGGAGUCGCCGGUUCUGAAGAACAUCAAAAAAGCCCUGCACAAGGCCUUCAAGGUGUUCUUCAUGAACAGCGCCCCACGCCAGGGACAACGAUGCUGUAUUUUAUAAAGAUGUGUCUCGUGAUAAGAAACUACUGACAAAAAAACGUUCGUCGAAUUUUAUAAGGGUGCGUCUAACGGAAUGACAGGAAAAAAAAGUUUGUUGCAUCUUAUAAUAGUACUUUUUGUCAAAUUAUACGACGGGGACAAUUUUGGCGCAUGCCAUCAUGAAUCUGUAUCCCCUGAUGGCUCGCAGACGAUUUUUUUGAACUAACUUCUAGAACGAGGCUAUUGACAUAACAGCUUCCGGUUUAGCGAACGACGACAAGGGCUCAUUCAUGCUAGAGGCCGUUCAGACAAAAGUUUCAAUCUGUUGAGAGACAGGACUUGUUUGAAGCGGAAGUCUGUCUGUCAAUUGCUCGCCGAGACUAGCAGCGGAGAACUUCUCUAGAGGCCGAGCGUUGGUCUCGGCAUACAGUCAGCCAUCCACCUAUACAUGUCCGAGGUACCAUCGUAUGAGAUUAAUAGAACAAUUACCUUCGAUCUCUUCGUGUCAGGAACGUACGCUCACACAUAAUUUUGCGGGGAUCAGAGACUUUCAGGAGUUUCAUGAUGUUUCAUUCGUAAUUGAAAGCCAAAAAAGUCCGUCUACUGACAAGUGAUAUGUUUUGGAGGCAUUAAUAAAGUUUUAAUAAAAACAAUGGCAAUGACCGAAA